GAGACGACCUGUACAAAGACGCUCCACCGCACGGCUUUAUCACGGCCAAGUACGAGACCGCCCACCCGCCGCCGCCGCCGCUGUACCGCCACUACAGCGCCCCGCCGCCUCACCCAGUCCACAGCUGAAGAAGCGCAAACCUCCACAGUGCCUCCCAGUCCUAGGCUGCCGAUGACCUCGCUCUCCACCGCCGCUGCUGCCACUGCUUCCACCAUUACUAGUGCACCCACUACUACAACAGAAUUUUCCGAGGUUCUUGAUCUUCCAACCAGCAUGUCUACAACCCAGAAACCCCUUGUAACUACCACAGUUAUUACAGAAAUGUUAACCACUUUGCCUGUUUCAGCUGACACAACACAGACGCCACUGAUCACACAAGAGACUCCUGUAACACUGUCGACACCUUCAAGCGUCACGUUUUCUUCUUCGUUAGCUGAUAAUUCACUUCCCACUGAAGCUUUCCGUGCACCGGAACUGGAAAUUCAAGAGUUACCGAGUAGAGUUCCUAUUAAUUCUGUGCCAGAGUCCAAUAACAGAGAGCCUUUAGACCCCAAGACUUUUCCCACAGCAACAAAACCCGCUCUUAGGUUACGUAGUCCUCCUACCAAAACGGCUACUUCCUCUCCAGUACCAUUGCCCCCAACAACCCUCGCCUCCAUCCUGACAACCAUAACUCCUGACGUGCGCUCCGGGGAAACUGAGGAUCUGCUGCCCGUGACUAUAGACCCACCUAUAAGUUCUGAAAAUAUUUUCGCGACCAACCUAACAAGAGCAACUUCAAAAGACGAACUGCAGAAACUCCGAGUGACUGGUACUAAUCAAGUAAUGUGGCCAACGUCACUAAGGACAACGACAGGUAAUGGGAACAGGUUGAUUGUUACAAGGAAACCUAAAAGCGAAAAAAAUCUCUUUGAUUUAUUUUUUCCAAGUCCGACAUCCAAAUCUAAAAUUCCGUUGCCUUCUCCAGAUGACAUAAACACAAAAGAUUUACGUAGAUUAGCGAAGUUUCUUUUAUCAGACGUUUCCAACAAAAUGGCACUUGAGGUUCAUAGAGUGGAUAUACAAAAGCGAAACGAAACAAACAAAACAAAGACAAAACGACAUCAGCAAUUUGACGUAGGUAACCAACGUGACGACGCAGCUGAAAACAAGCAGGACCAAACAAGGCAGCCGUUGCCCUCUGAUCCUGUAACAGAAGUAGGAUUUAAACCUAUUGUAUUUCCUACGGAGUCUAGCAAUGAUAACGCACAGGAGUCAGACCCUCCUGCAUCCAUGUAUAAUUCAGCUCAGUCUUACCCAAUGCCUCCGGCCGGCAUGUAUGGCUUACCUCAAUCCCGGGGCAGACUGUACAGACAGGCACACCGCGGCCGCGUGCGGGGCGCGACGUCCCCGAGGUGGGUUCGCCAGAGAACGCGGACGAGGAAGAGGAAUAUUCCUGGCGAUUUCCAGCUCUGACCCGCAUUCAGAGUUUCCCUUGCAGCUUUGUAUAAGCGUUCACUCAGGUUACGUCAGUCUGCAUAGUCAAGUUUCUAGUAUCGUAUAUCACACGAUUAAAUUAUGUGUUCACAGAGGUUACAGGAUAAUGUCUCUUGCUCCUUUCCUGAUCUCUCAUUUUUCCUCUUACUUUUUUUCCUAAAACAUCAAACGGUUUCAGUUCGUCACAGCCGUGGUCACUGUUGUAACAAGGACUUACUAGUCUAUAAAAGACUGAAGAUUAUUGUCUUUAUUUAAUUAUAAAAUAUGUAAUGGUAUAUUUUUAUAGAUACAUAUAUUUUUUGAAAUAAAAGAUGUUGCAUCAU